AGUCGCUGUGGCGCCGCUUCUGGUUCUACGCCAAGGAGUACACUCCCCCCGGCGAGGUCUGCAUUCCUCAGUACAGCCCCGAGCCAAGCAUCCCGCGGCGCCUCAAUGUCCGGUCGCUGCCGCGCGAGCAGGAGGAGGUGGUGAAGGAGAUGCGCCAAGCGAUCCAGGCGCUGAAGGAUAACGGCCUGACGGCGGUCGAUAUGUACAACUGUUGGCUCGGCCGGCGGCUGAUCCCCCUGCGGUGCCGAGCUCACCCCAUGUGGGAAUACCGGGGGCAGAACGACCGCACUCGGUCGACAGCGACCGAAUGGGACGAGGGCGAGUACCGGAAGGCGCUCGCCAAGAUCACCACUGCCACCUUUACCUCCUUCGAGGACGGCUUGCAGCCCUACUCCGAAGAUACCCCGGCGCCUCAGCGCUGGCAGAAGAUCGCUGAUCACCUCCCCCCCCCUCGCCGGGAAGGAGCCACCGGAGAUGACCGAAGGCGAGGAGGAAGAGGUCGACGACGAGGAGGAGCGCACCGAGUCGGAUUCCGAGGCGCGGGACUUCAUCAGACUCCCGCGCGGGUCGAAGAGGGGUACCGAGUCCUCAUCCCAGGGCGCAGCUGAAGAGGAGGCGACCUCUCGCCCGGAGGGCAAGGCGGAGCCUUCCAAGGAAGGGGCCGAGCCGCUAUCGAAGCGACUACGCCCCACUCUCCUGGAAGGGUCCAUGAGGCUUCAGCGCCCCUUGAAUGAUGCGAUUGACG